AUAUAUUUACUGUGUAUUUGUGUAAUAGCUCUAGUUUUAGAAGUAUCUACGUUCUGUGUUUCUUGUUAUAUACUUACUGUGUAUUUGUGUAAUAGCUCUAGUUUUAGAAGUAUAUACUUACUGUGUAUUUGUGUAAUAGCUCUAGCUUUAGAAGUAUAUAUUUACUGUGUAUUUGUUAUAUACUUACUGUGUAUUUGUGUAAUAGCUCUAGUUUUAGAAGUAUAUACUUACUGUGUCUUUUGUGUAAUAGCUUUAGUUUUAGCAUGUAAUUUUUCUGUAAAAUGGUCGUAA